UUGGAGGAAUUGAAACGUAAAUAAAUUAACUAGUUUAAUUUCUCCUAUUGUUUUUUUCUUAUUUUUUUGGUGCGGCAUUUUGGAAAACAAGAACUGAAUGAUGGAUAAUGGAUUUCAGGGGUGGGGCCGUGAAGUUUUUGGGAACCAAGCGCCAUCAUGACAAGUGGUUAAAAGCUACUGAAAACUAUGACAUGAAGGGUUGUUUUGCUAUGUCUGAGUUGGGCCAUGGAAGUAAUGUGCGAGGAAUUGAAACAAUCACUACUUAUGAUUCAAAUAUUGGAGAAUUUGUAGUCAAUACUCCAUGUGAAUCGGGUCAGAAGUAUUGGAUUGGCGGUGCAGCAAAUCAUGCAACACAUACUAUAGUCUUUUCACAGCUCUAUAUAAAUGGAAGCAAUCAAGGGGUGCAUGCAUUCAUUGCCCAAAUCAGGGAUUCAGAUGGAAACAUAUGUCCAAACAUCCGAAUAGCCGAUUGUGGUCACAAAACUGGUUUAAAUGGAGUUGACAAUGGCCGUAUCUGGUUUGAUAAUGUGAGGAUACCUCGGGAGAAUUUGUUGAAUUCUGUGGCUGAUGUUUCCCCAACUGGUCAAUAUUUGAGUGCCAUAAAAAAUGUUGAUCAGAGGUUUGCUGCUUUCUUGGCCCCUUUGACCAGUGGUCGGGUUACUAUUGCUGUUAGUGCUGUUUACAUGUCCAAGAUUAGCUUGGCCAUUGCUAUAAGAUAUGCACUGACAAGGCAGGCAUUCUCUAUUACACCAAAUGGUCCUGAAGUUUUACUUCUUGAUUACCCUAGUCAUCAACGGCGUCUGUUACCUUUACUUGCAAAGGUAUAUGCAAUGAGUUUUUCUGCAAAUGACCUCAAAAUGAUGUAUGUUAAAAGAACACCGAAGUCAAACAAAGCAAUUCAUAUUAUUUCUAGUGCAUACAAGGCUACUUUUACUUGGAAUAAUAUGCGUACUCUCCAGGAAUGUCGUGAAGCCUGUGGAGGUCAAGGAGUUAAAUCUGAAAAUCGUGUUGGUCAUUUCAUGGGUGAAUUUGAUGUGCAAUCAACAUUUGAGGGGGACAACAAUGUUCUGAUGCAGCAGAUUAGCAAGGCACUCUUUGCAGAAUACGUAGCAUGUCAGAAGCAAAACAAACCUUUCAGUGGUUUAGGAUUAGAACACAUGAACAAAAAUUUGCCUGUUAUCCCAUCUCACCUAACAACUCCGACCAUUAGGAGCAGUGAAUUUCAGAUUGAUCUGUUCCACCUAAGAGAGCGAGACCUAUUGAGGCGCUUUGCUGAAGAGGUCUCAGAAUACCAGUCUCGUGGAGAAAGCAAAGAGUCUGCCUUCAUUCUAAGUUAUCAGCUAGCAGAAGACUUGGGCAGAGCUUUCUCAGAACGAGCAAUACUGAAAACCUUCAUGGAUGCCGAGUCAACUUUACCAGCUGGUUCAUUGAAGGAUGUGUUGGGUCUAUUGAGAUCGUUGUAUGCUGUGAUAAGUGUGGAUGAAGAUGCUAGCUUUCUUCGAUAUGGAUACUUGUCAACAGAGAAUGCUUCUGCAGUGAGAAAAGAGGUGACAAAGCUAUGCGCUGAAGUUCGACCACAUGCACUUGCCUUAGUCAGUUCCUUUGGUAUUCCUGAUGCUUUUUUGAGCCCUAUUGCAUAUAACUGGGUUGAUUCAAAUUCUUGGUCUUCUCAACUUUAGCAAGCUUAUGCAAAUUUCUGCAUUUGAGUAGUAUCUUUGUUGCAUGUUAUUGGGUGAAUAAAAAGUUAAAGAACAAAAUAAAAAGUUGGUAUAUGAGGGAAACCAAUGUCAGAUCAUUCGGAUUGAGUUUCAUCAAUUAUUUCUGUAGCAUUUAGUAAAUAGCAGUUAAGGUAUUUGAAUCUGAUAAAUGUACCUAGAUUUCAUCUUAAUAUUUUAUUGAAUCAGAAAUUCGAUUGCCUAAUUUUUCUUAUUAAA